AGUGUGGCAAUCCCGGCGGCGCCGAGUGUUGCCCGGGCCGGAGCAGCGGAGCGCGCGACAGUGGCGGCGACGGCUCCGGCAGCGGCUCCCGCGGCGGCGGCGGCCGGGGGCUGGAGGAAGGAGACCCUGGCUUCGCAGGGGGCCCGGCUGGGGCAGACGCGAGGGGCCUGGGGGGGCGCUGGCUUUGGCCCCGCCUGGGGCAGGAUGGUGAAUCUGGAGUCCAUGCACACAGAUAUCAAGAUGAGUGGGGAUGUAGCCGAUUCCACGGAUGCUCGCAGCACUCUCAGCCAGGUGGAGCCAGGAAAUGAUCGAAAUGGCCUAGAUUUCAACAGGCAGAUUAAAACCGAAGAUCUCAGUGACUCCCUGCAGCAGACCCUCUCCCAUCGGCCAUGCCACCUGAGUCAAGGACCUGCCAUGAUGUCCGGAAACCAAAUGUCUGGGGUAAAUGCCAGCCCAUGUCAGGACAUGGCUUCCCUCCAUCCGCUCCAGCAGCUCGUUCUGGUUCCCAGCCACUUACAGUCUGUAUCCCAGUUCCUGCUAUCUCAGACCCAGCCUGGGCAGCAAGGUCUGCAGCCAAAUCUCCUCCCCUUUCCACAGCAACAAAGCAGUCUCCUCCUCCCACAGACUGGGCCGGGACUGGCAUCCCAGGCAGUUGGGCGCCCUGGGCUGCCAGGAUCCUCUUUAGAACCCCACCUGGAAGCAUCCCAGCAUCUCCCAGUGCCCAAGCAUCUACCCAGCUCUGGAGGGGCUGAUGAGCCCAGUGACCUCGAGGAGCUGGAGAAGUUUGCCAAGACCUUCAAGCAGAGGCGCAUUAAGCUGGGCUUCACACAGGGAGAUGUGGGGCUGGCGAUGGGAAAGCUGUAUGGUAACGACUUCAGCCAGACCACCAUCUCACGAUUUGAGGCCCUCAACCUGAGCUUCAAGAACAUGUGCAAGCUCAAGCCCCUGCUGGAGAAGUGGCUGAAUGAUGCAGAGUCCUCUCCGUCAGACCCCUCAGUGAGCACGCCCAGCUCCUACCCCAGCCUCAGUGAAGUAUUUGGUAGGAAGAGAAAGAAACGGACCAGCAUUGAGACCAACAUCCGCCUGACUCUGGAGAAGAGGUUUCAAGAUAACCCAAAACCCAGCUCGGAGGAGAUCUCCAUGAUUGCAGAGCAGUUGUCCAUGGAGAAGGAGGUGGUGAGGGUCUGGUUCUGCAACCGACGUCAAAAGGAAAAGCGAAUCAACUGCCCUGUGGCCACACCCAUCAAACCGCCUGUCUAUAAUUCCCGGCUGGUAUCUCCCUCAGGGUCUCUGGGCCCCCUUUCUGUCCCUCCUGUCCACAGUACCAUGCCUGGAACAGUAACGUCAUCCUGUUCCCCUGGGAACAACAGCAGGCCUUCAUCUCCUGGCUCAGGACUCCACGCCAGCAGCCCCACUGCAUCUCAAAAUAACUCCAAAGCAGCAGUGAACUCCGCCUCCAGUUUUAACUCUUCAGGAUCUUGGUACCGAUGGAAUCAUCCCACCUACCUCCACUGAGACCAAAAAGUUUCUCCUACUCCACCUGGCCCUGUAUUUCCCCUGGAAGGAAGGGAAUCAUGCCUUCUAUAUACAGACAGAUUGCCUUCCGAAGAGUGGAAGAAAAUCUCCACUAUCAAUGAACCCAGACUCUUGUCUUCUUCAGGAGCAAGGGCCUCCGGAGAUCCAAACUGUGAUUGAACCAAGUGCAAGUGCAGACUCCUAAUGCUCUUGAAAUAUACAGCCCCUCCUAGGAGCUUACCGUUUUCACCUUCCUUGCCUAUGCCCUUGCCUUCUAGUUCCAAAUAUUUUAGCCAGCUUCACUGUGGCAAUAGUCUUUCAGAGAAAA